AUGGUGCUUUCCGAAACGUUAAAGUACAGUCGAUAUUGGUCACAAAGAAGUUCCUUUAAAGACUUUUUAGCUUCAAAGAGUCAGAUGUUCCGUGGUCCCAAAUUUACUUCAAAUGCUCCUAUAAUAAAGCAGUUUGUGCGUACCAAGAAGAAGUCGGCACUUACACCAUCCACUCAGAAAGUUGUGAAUCAACUCUCUGCAUUGUCGGCGUCAAGGAAGCAACCGAAAUUGAUUAGUCUUUGCAAUGAGGAUUUAAUAAAACAUAGAACUAUUGAUAAUGCAUGGAAAUUAUAUAAGAGAAAAAAACAGCAAAGACAAGAUGAAGACCUAAAGAAGCAAUAUGAGAGUAUUGUUAACGCAAUGAACGAUUUAAAAGAGACCAGUCCUGAGUUAUUUGAACAUGCCAAUAAACCAGAGAGCGAUAAAAGGUUCUCGUUAGAAAUGAGGAUUCCAACCGAAUAUCCAUCUAAUAAGCCAUGGUUCUACGACUAUGUAGCUGAAAAGUAA